AUUCAGGAGAAAAAACUGUUAAGUGAGGACCAAGUGAAUGCUGUAUCUAUAUCAGGAGAGGCUUCAGAAUCAGAGGAUGAAGAAAUACCCCCAAUCAAAGUGGACACAAGACAAAGUGGACUGCAAGAUCCACCUCAUUUGACUUCAGCUCCCAAACUUUACUCUAGUAAACCCAAGUAUGACAGCUUACUACAUAAAAAGUUGAGAGAGAAAAAUGCAGGUCUGCGCAGACACCUUGUGGAUUCUGUACAUCAGAUGUAUUUGGCGUCUGCUAAAGAUUUACACAACACAAGUCUUCAGCUUCACAAGUCACAGGCAUUGAUCAUGGAUGUCAAUCAUAACAUGAAGCUACUGACCAACGACCUGUUUCAUCUCGAGGACAAAGUGGACAUUGUAACGUCAUGUCAAAUCUUGCCAGAUAUUAACAUGUGUUCGUCAGUGCAAUAGAUGAAAAGACCAGAGAGAGAGAGAGAGAGAGAUUAUGACUGUAAAAUCUGCAUUUUAAAAAAUGCUUAUUUGAUUUGGUGAUUUAAUAAUUAAUUUUGCAUUUACAGCAAUACUCUGAAAUAUAAAAUAUAAAUAGAAAAUAAAUUUUAUUGAAUAAG